AUGUUCACCAAGGCAGAUAUUAAGAUCCAGGUCGAUGAUUCAGCUGUCUUUCGACCGCAUGAUAUCAUUAAAGGUUCUGUUUUAGUCAAUGCUAAGAAGGAUUUCAAUAUCCGAUCUUUGACUAUCAAUUUUUCAGUUGAUUUGUAUACUACUUUCAUUGAAGUGAUUGUGGAAAAGAUAUGGAUAGAUGGUCAAAUAAGAACUAGAACUAGAAGAGUAAGGCAUACUGAAAAGCACAAUUUGCUUGCUUGCCAACUUGAAUUAGGCUCAUCGUUGCAAAUUGAAAAAUUAAGUAAAGAUCAACAUCAAGAAUAUCGAUUCGAAUUCACAUUUCCUGAAAUCGUAUCUUGCUCUACAUGUGGAAGGCAAACAAUACUACCACCAUCUUUAGAGCAUAUGGAGCAAAAUUCUUUUAUUUUACAAUCUACUUAUCAGUUAGAAGCUACUCUUGUUCCAGAUUCACGAAUUGGUGGUAACUCACAGGCUCGCAAAUCAUUGAAAUUUUUACCGAAUGGAUAUGGUAAUGCAAACCCUGGCCCGGAUGUCAUUCAUGUAGAUGGCAUUGUCUGGAAGGAGAAAGUCAAAAAGUUUGUAGACGAGCAUUAUGAUGAACUUUAUAAUAGUGACCCUGAGGCAGUGAGAGAAAAAGUCGAUACCAGCAAAGCCAUCCCGAAUCCGUUACAAAAAUCUCAUUCAAAAACAAGGUCUAUACGAAAGUUUUUUGAUAAUAAGUAUAAAAAGGAAACGCAUGGCAAGUUAGUUUCUGAUGUGAAAUUAGAAGUGAGUGCAAUAUCUCCUUCAAGUAUAAGACUACAAGAAGAUAUCACUGAGAGGCUUCGAUUUUUAAUUCGAACCAAAAUUGAAGACUUGAGGCCAGAUUUCAUACUCUAUUGUAACGAAUCAUCGCAAUUGGGUUCUUUUGCUAUCACGGGUUUUGCCAUGUCUGUCGUAACGAAGUAUUUCGUUCUGGCUAAUGGAUUUAAGGGCGAACUAUCUAGUUCACGUCUUGUUUCAAGAAAAAAGCUCGGAUAUGGUUUGGCUUUUGAUAUUGUUGACUUCCUUCCGAACCUCGACGAUCCGUCGAUAAGGGAAUGGGAAAUACCUGCUGGAAAACUCUUUGAUGAGGAGCACGUCAAAUUGAUAAGUUUUCUAAGUAGUCCGGACUAUGUUAGCGCAUGCGGAUCGCUUAAUAUUAGUCACUUAUUGGAUUUUGAACUAUUGAUUGCUUCAGACCUAGAGGCGACUCCAAAAAGGUUUAAGUUUUCACUUCCUUCUCAUCUCAUUUAA